AUGGAGCAAGUGAAGAGGAAUCAGAAGUCAAACUCCCACAACGCACAACCAGUUCGAAUAAUCAAUGCAAUUCAUGGUCGGCCUGAACCUACUAAGGAGUCAAAUGAACUGCUUCGAACACGUCUUCGCCAGGCACAAAUGAAGAGGAGGAUAGGCAGUGUAAACACUUUGCACCAACAGAGCGCAUCAACACAGAUAAAGUUUGACAGGACAGAUCUGUUGCCUGUUCAGAUCCCUCAUGAGGACCCGUUAGUCGUCAGUUUGACAGUGGCCGAAUGUUUGGUACGCAGAGUUCUGAUUGAUCCUGGAAGUAGUGUAAACGUCAUGCCGAGGGACACAUUUAAUCGGCUCGAGAUCAAGCCAGACCGGCUCAAGUCCACUGGGAAUCCUUUACUAGGAUUUGAUGGAAAACGAGUGGAGCCCAUCGGUACGGUGGAGGUAGCAGUGCAUGCUACAGAGAGGGUUCUAAUGGAGACUGUUGUCGUUGUCGAGAUUCAUCCCUCUUACAACCUUCUGAUGGGCAGAGGGUGGAUCCACAGAGUUUAA